AAGAAAAAUUUUAAUGUAUUUUUUUUACAAAAGGAUGAUAAUUUUAGUGUUUCAAUCCGAAAAAUUAAUAGACUUACGCUAUUUAUUUCGCUGGAAGUGCCAUGUUUUGCCAAGAGUGGUGUGUUUCGUGGAGGGGCGACGUCUUGCUUUUUGUAAUGUUGCGAAAACCCUGUUUUGCGGGUAAAGUUUGCUGGCGGGAAUAAUCAAAACAAAAUAAACCGGGGAAAAAUCUAUGUUCGCUGUCUUCGCUAGCUGACUUGAUGAAAUAAACCGUGCUGAUGUUGAGCUAGCUAGCUAUAGUUUAUUUCCAUCAUUUAAGCUAGCAUGAACAAAUCAGCAUUCAUGUAAUUUUCUUUUUCUUAAUUGGACUUCAGUAGGGGGUGGUCCUCAACAUAAUACAAAUUUCUCUAUCCUUCAGCAUUUUUAUUCCACGGUUUAAUUUUCAUUAUAUACAGCUAGGUAGUCGUUAAAACUCUCGCACUUUGUACGAAAGGGUUCUAUUCUCUGGGGGUGAUUUAAGAAUAGACGAGUGGGUGAUGUUGCCAUAGCGUCUGGUUAACCCAAGCCAACUGUGACGGAAAUUAGGGAGGUGGCACCACUGUGUUUGUCUUGUUGGAUGUUGCAAGGAUUUCUCUGGUAGCGUGAUUGCGGAACCUAAUUAGGGAAAACUAAAAUAAUGAAGUUUAGAGCAAAAUUGGUUGAUAUUGGAUGUAUUCAGCAGUUCAUAAAAAUAUUGUCAACAGUUUCCAAGAUCUGUAAGUCCUGCACCUUACGCUUAUCAGGAGGUCAGGUGAUAUUUACACAGACAGAAAGAGUUGCAAGUGGUGGAACGAACCUCUGGGUGGAAAUUAACCAGGGAGAUUUUUUUGAUGAAUACCGAAUUGAAGGAAAAGACGACAGAAAUGAAAUAUACUUGGAAGUUGUAAACGAGAACCUGCUUCGUGCUAUGAAAUCUGGACAAAAUGCACAAUCCAUUAAAAUCAAAUUAACAAAGAAACAAACGCCAUGUCUUACUUUUGAAAUUUCUUUGCCCUCUCUCACCACUCACUCACGUAAUGUCGUUCAUGAUGUUCCAGUGGCUGUCAUUCCUUCAAGAUUUUGGGAUGAUUUUCAAAAGCCGCUUCUACCUAAUUACGAUAUUAAAAUCAGCAUUCCUCAGUUAAAAAUAAUAAAGAACAUAGUUGAAAGGUUAAAGAACAUUAGUGGAUUUAUGGUUAUCUCAGCGAAAAGAAAUGGAGAAUUGAAAUUUAGCGUGGAUACUGACGAAGUUAUCGUCACAACGCAUUUUAAAAAUAUGGACGUGGAUGGAGACACUUUGAGAAACGCAAGUGAAGAUGAAGAAGACGAUGAGAUUGAAGCUCGUAUCGAUAUCCAAAAGUUAGUCACAUUUCUUCACGUUCAGCAAUUUAAUCCAACGAAAGCAAUAUGCGCUUUAGUGCAUGGUCAAGCAGUGCAUAUGUUUUUACAAUGUAGUGAUGUUAUGUUUCAAUAUUUUUUGCCGGCAAUGAAUGUGACCAUAUCUUAAUGCGUUACAAUCCACAGUUUACUAACUUUUUAAGUAAGUGUGAACAUGGUAAUUAGCUUAAAGUAAUAUAUGUGGUAUGUUACUAUAAGCCAUAGUUCACCAACCACAGAAAUAACAGAGUGUAAGCAUUUUGAAAAGAAGGUUACAUUUCCUGCAUAGUUAUUGAUUUCCACUGAUGUUCUUCUGCAAUUGCUAUAUAUUUCUCUGCGAUUGAUACCAAUAGAUGAUACAUAGCUGACAUAUUUUAGUUAUCUUAAAGAUAUCUAUUAACCAUUUGUAAAAAUGUGUUUAUGAUAAAUAUGAAGAUAGGGCGUGACACUUGUAAAAUGUGAAAAUCGACGAGCUUGAAAUUUGGCGUUAUCGUCGUUGAAGUUGUUAUUGUCGUUAAAAUUUGGAAAUGUCGUUGUGAGGGUGACGUUGCUAUUGAAAACCCGUGCUGCUGUCGUUAAAAGUACCUCGCUAUCGUCGUAGAAAUUUAUCGUUUUUCUCCAUGAAAACCAACACUUGUCAAAAGUAUGUUUUGUCGUUGUUGAAAGUUGACGUUGUCCUUGUUGAAAACAACAUCGUCGUUAAAAGUUGACGUGGUAACGUAUUGCUUUAUUAAAGCGUAAGAAUAUUCUGAAAUUUCCUUAUUUAUAUAAAGAGACAUUGCUGAUUUUUAAAUGCUCUUUUUAUAUUGUAUUAAUUUAAUGUUUUUAUGAUUGUUGUAUUGCAUCUUAAAAACAACGAAUAAUACUGACAAUACCGACAAUCUG